AUGUCAUUAGAUGAAAUUGCUUUUUUUUCUCAAUUGAUUUAUCAAAUAGAUGGAGGUGUAGGAGUUAUCGAGAUUGGUGAUGAAACCAAACAGCUUAGUGCAAUAUUAGCACAUACAACAAUUUGUUGGGGAAAAGGUUAUAUAAAAAUUGAUAUAAUUAAUAGAAUAUUUUUUUGCAAUAACUUUGAAUAUAAAAAAUUUCCCCUUCUAGAUUAUUUAAAACCUAUAGUUAAUAAUGAUUUGAAAUACAAAGAAUCAUUAAAUACUAAAAGUUGGAGUUUUAAUAUACUAGGGGCAACAUAUGCUCAUGAAAUAAAUAAUAACAAUAAAAAUUUAGAAACUCCUGUAAAAAAUAUCAUUCAUGCAGAUGUAGAAAAGUUAAAAUUAAUUAGAAGACAUAACUAUGCAAAUAAAAAAAAAGUUAGAAGACAUCGUCAUAGAAAAGUUAUUGGAAGUAAAGUUGUAAUUGAUAUGUCUAAACUAAGAUCAGAUCAAAAAAAACAUGAAUGUAAAUAUAGAAAGUCAUGUUAUACUACAGGAGAAUUAAAUUUAAAUAUUUUUUAUAAAGAUCCAAUACAAAAAGAAUCAUCAGAAAUAAUACCGUUAACUGUAGAUCAAUUAAAAUUAAUUUGUAAAUAUCGAAAGAGUUGCUAUGAUAAUGCUGGUAUACCAAAAGAACAAAAAAUAUUUUUAGAGGAUAAUGAUGACGACAAGAAAAUAGGAUUAUUUACAAAAGGUGGCAAACAAGUUAUAAAAGCUACAAAGAAAAACAAAAAAACUUUAAAAAAUAUUGCAGCAAAGACACUUAGAAAUGCUCAAAAAAAAAUAGCUUCUAAAGUAGAAAAAUUAGAAGAAAAUCCUAAUUAUGCCUUUGAAAAGUAUCUUGAAGAAAAUGAAGAAAUAAAUAAAAAAAAACAAAAUUGUAAAUACAGAAAAAGUUGUUAUGAAACAGGAAUCGUACCCUUUGAAACUGAUAAAUCAGAAUCAAUUGAAGAAACAAUUCAAAAAUAUUGGAAUUGGAUAGAAGAAAAGUUAAAUUUUGAUGUCAACUUUAAUAUAGUUAAAGAAGAAAUACCAUUUGAUGAUCUUAAUGAUGAAGACAAAAAGUUAAGAUGUUUAUAUAGAAAAUCAUGCUAUAAAACAGGAAUAAAACCAAUCAUAUCUGAUAAAAUAUUUUCACCUCCAGCUAACAUAGAAGUAACAAUAGAUCCUAUUAUUAAUCACAAUGAAGAAAAUAAAAAAUUAGCAUGUAAAUAUAGGAAAAGUUGCUAUGAAAGUGGUAUAAUACCUCAAUUUUCAACUAAUGUACCAGAAGUAAAAGAAAAAGUAGUUCCAUUAAAUGAAGAUGACUUUAAAGUCUAUUGCAAAUUUAGAAAAAGCUGUUAUGCUAAAGAGGCUAAAUUGGAAAAAGAUGAAAAUAUUGAGAAUAAUGAUAUUGAAAAAGUCAAAGAUACAAAUAUUGAAGAAGAAACCAAAGAAGAAAAAGAAGUUAUAGAAGAUAAAGAAACUAUAAAUGUAGAAGAAGAAAUAGUUGAAGUUCAAAAAGAUGUUAAGAAUAAAGAGAAGAAGCAAAAAAAGAUUAAAAAAAUUAAUACUCAAGAGGUUCCUGCAGAAAUAAUUUCUGAUGAAAUAAAACCAUUAAGUAAAAAAAAGGAUUCUAAAAAAGAGAAUACAGUAGAUGAUAAACAACCUAAAGGAAAAAAAUCUAAAAAGAAUAAAAAAGAUCAAACAAUUGAUAAGGAAUCUAUUAGUGUAGAAGCUUCUGAACUUAAAGAAGCAUUAAAGAAAACUAAAGUAGAUGAAGUAAACGAAAAAGAGUCUGAUAAUGUAGAACCUUCCAAAUCUAAGGAAACUUCAAAGAAAACCAAAAAAACUAAAAACAAAAAAGAAGGAAAGAUUGUUAAUGAAAAUGUAGAAGAAAUCAAAAAUGUAAAAGAAUCUCCAACAAAUGUUGAAAAUUCUAAGGAAAAAAAAGUUACUGAAAAAACAAAUACCCAUGAAACCAGUCAGACAGAUGAAUCUAAGAAACCUAAAAAAAUAAAACAAAAAAAAGAACCAGAAAUUUCUGAAAGCCAAGAAAAGAAAAAUGAUAAAAAAGAAUGGUAUAAAAAUAUGGAUUUUGACAAAUAUAUAAAUUACGCUUACGACAUAGCAAAAGUCAUUCAAAAUAUUGACUAUGUAUCGUAUUUCAAAAUCCAAGAAAAACUACCAAAAGAACACAUAGAACAUAAUUUUGAUCCUGAAGAAGAAGCUAAAAAAAUAAAAUGUCAUUACAGAAAAUCAUGCUAUGAGACAGGAGAAAUUCCAAAUAUAACUCAUCAUGUUUUUGAAACUUCGCCUAUUAAACUUAAUACUGACAAUCUUAUAGUUAAUAUGGAACUUGAAAACAAAAAAAUAGCUUGUAAAUAUAGAAAAAGUUGUUAUGAAAACGGAGAAAUUCCAGUAAUAACUUAUGAAACAAAAAUUUUUGAACCUACUUUAAAAACAGAAAUUCCAGAUGAUGAGGAAAAUUUUAAAAUUUUUUGUAAGUACAGGAAAAGUUGUUACGAAACAAAAAUUCCUCCAAAUUUAACUGAAAUAGAAGAAGAAAUUUAUAUACCAUUGGAUGAAUAUGAUAUGAAAACAAGAUGUAAAUUUAGAAAAAGUUGUUAUAAAAAAAUUGAUGAAGACGAAUCUACGAAAAAUGAAGAAGUAAAACAAACCAAUAAAGAAAUAAAAGUAAAAAAAAGUAAAAAGUCAAACUUAGAUGAUAAUAUGAUAGAAAAAUCAGUUAAAGAUUCUAAAAAACAUGUAAUCAUUGAUAAGACUAAUGGAACAAAAUCUAUCUCUGAUGAUGAGAUUAAAAUAGCUAAUAAUAAAAUAGAUAAAGUACUACAAAUUAAAGAAGAUGUUAAAAGUAGUACAAAUAAACCAAUUAGCUGUAAUCCUUUUAGAAUAUCAUGCAAACAAUUACUAGGCAUACCUAUACCAGAAAAACCUCCAAGAGCAAAGAAUGGUAAAAAAUUAUGUAGAAAAAAGAAAACACCUACAUCCUAA